AUGUCCUCGACGCACCCCGGGACCGCGCUCGCCCAGCCCGCGCCGGACACGCUCCAAGUGUUCCGCGCGUGGUUCGCCGCGGUGCAGCCCGCCGCGCGCGAGCCCGAGGCGAUGACGCUCGCGACCGCGACCGCGGCCGGCGCGCUCGCCGCCCGCGUCGUCCUCCUCAAGCAGGUCGACGCGCGCGGGUUCGUGUUCUACACGAACUACGCGUCCGCCAAGUCGCGCGCGCUCGCCGCGAACCCGCGCGCCGCGCUCGCGUUCUACUGGCGCGAGACGCACCAGCAGGUGCGCGUCGUCGGCCGCGCGGAGCGCGUCUCGCGCGAGGAGAGCGAGGAGUACUUCCGGUCGCGGCCGAUCGGGUCGCGCGUGGGCGCGUGGGCGAGCCGGCAGAGCACGGUCGUGGGCGAGGGGGAUGUGCAGGCGCGGGCGGAGAAGAUCGAGGAGAGGUUCGGGGAGGACGUGCCUCUGCCGGAGUUCUGGGGCGGGUGGAGGAUCGUGCCCGACGAGGUCGAGUUUUGGCUCGGCAAGCCGUCUAGGCUGCACGACAGAGUGCGGUACAUGCGCGUAGAGGGCUCACCGGACGAUGCGCCCGAAUGGAAGAUAGAACGCCUUGCGCCGUAA